AUGACAUCAUUUCUCUUAAGAAAUACAGAUAUUAACAUUGACACUAUUAUCUCCGCUGUAGCUGAAUUGAAUGAUAGAAUCUUGCAAUUACAAAAAGAAAUUAUUACAUUUAGAAAUAAAAAUGGAGAUUAUUUAACUGUGGCGUGUAACUUAUCGAGUUUGACACCAUCGGAAUUUAAUGAUUCGACGAAAAACGUGGGAAAACGAACGUGUGCACAGUACGAGCUGCAAAGAAAUUUUAAAGGAGACGAUUCGCCAGGCGUCACUGAUUUAUCCGCUCGUUUAUCAUUCACGAAACGUGCGCUGGAAGUAAAAGCGCCGAACGAGGCGGUCGUAUUUAAAGAGGAUUAUCCGCGUGACGAUAAAUCAAUCGAAGAUGAUGAACGGCCAAAUAGAUCGCGCGUGUCUGAAGCGUCGGGAAUGUAUCGGAAGUCCAUUUCGGAUGCUGAAAAAUUCGGAAAAGAAAUCAGCGAGAGAUUGGGAAACAUAAAUGAUGUCGAAGAUAUAAAAAUUUCAUGUGAUGCCGAUGAAAAAUUGAGGGGGUCCAACAAUAAGUACCAAAAUAAAGCCAUUAAUGAUAGUAUAUUGUAUUGCGAUUAUAAUAAUCCUCGGAAUGUUAUCGCAUCAAAAAUUAAGAAAAAAAUUUCCAGAGGUGUACAAUAUACCCUAAUCGGAUGUCAAAAUAACGACAGACGAUUUCUUCUGAGCUGCUUCGGGUCGAAAUCAAGUACAAAGAAGUAUAAUUGUACACAAAAAGUAAAAAACAAAGAAAUUUUAACGAAUAAAAAAUUUUAUGUCGGAUCACAAAACGAAGUAAACGAAUCAUUAUUAAAUGCGACGACAAUUAGUAACGAAUCUCAUAAUGUAAAAUUGAGUAAUACAGUGAAAAGAGAAAAAUUUAAACCUGCUAUAAAGAAAAUAAAAAGAAUUAUUUAUGAACAUGGAAUAGAUGACGAUGAAAAACUAAAAAAAUAUAACAACUCGAAAAAUCGUAAGGUGAAGAUAAAUCCUUUUUCAAAAUUGUGGCCCAGUAAUGCCUUAACGCGUAAAAAUAAUCUAAAAAUGCAACAGAACAAAAUGCCACAUAAUUUUAAUAUCAUUGACGAUUCUGAAAAUAAUAAAGAAGAGACGGCUGAAUUCAAUUUCAAAAAUAAUCGAAUGAAUGGCGCUCGCAAAUGCGAGAGUAUGACGUAUGACUCGCGAGAUGAAUGGAAUAUAAAUAUUUUAGAUCGUAAGAUAAAUUCGAAUGCACGGGAAAGCGCAAUUAUCAAUUCUAAUGGAGAAAGUAUCGCGAAUAAGGUGAAAGAAAGAUUAGAUUCGUGCAUCAUCGAAUUGAACGAAAUUAUCGACGAUGCUUACGUAGCAUUUGACAGCGGAAAAAACAAUACCGUCAUUUCGUACAAGGAAAUACAAUUUAAUAUGAAUUUACAACAAUUAAUAUAA